UCCAAAGGAGGCUCGCCGCGUUUGCGCGAAUAAUUAUAUCAAUCUCGUCACAUGCGGAACGCGCGCUCUUCCUUAAUUGCGUACGAUUGAAAAAUUGCUCGACGCGAAGAACUUUCCUCGACCGUGUCAUCGAUCCGCGCGCGAGUGCGAAUCGAUUUAAUUAAAAUUAUCCGUAUUUGUCCCGCUCGAUCCAGAGCCGGACCGCGUUUUCUUUCAACUCUCCAAGGAAACGCUCGAACAAUCGACGUACCUCGAUCGAACCAAUUUUUUUUCUUCUCUUCUUACCAUAGAGAGAGAGAGGGAGAGGACGAGAGAGCAUCCGCCGAUUUUUUUACACGUCGUUUACUCGUCGUUUUCGCAGAGGAACGUUUCGUUAUCGCGUUUCGACAUCUCCGCCCCGUAACUCGGCCGUUUCGCCACGGAAUAUACAGAAAACAGAGAUUCGCCUACAUUCUCCGGCCUCGGUUCUUAAGCCGCGAUUAUUUAUUGCCGACCGCUCGCGCGUUUAUUACGUGUUCCAGCGGCCGAAACGAUUCCCCGGUAUUCCGUGUUCUGACCGAUGAGGACGUAAUAGGAAUUUGUGGCCGACCCUCCUCUUCUUCUUCCAUCUUAAUCCCCCCGCGACGAUUUUCAACCAUUUUCAACCAGUUUCGGCUUAUCGACCGAGCGAAACAACGACGACAACAAUAUUGAGAAGUUUGGAAAGCGAAGGCGACUUACUUGCGGAUAUGGAUAGGAUAUUAGAAGAGCUGGACGCGAAGAAGAGCCCGCUCGCGCUCCUCGCCCAGACUUGCAGUCAAAUAGGAGCGGACACGCCGUCCAACAAAUGCUUGCUGGGCUCGUUGGACAAAGGUUCGAGCAACAACAAGUCGUGCAAGUCGACGGAUCAGUCGCGGGAGAAAUCGUCGCCGGGGAUCGUGGUCGGAGGCUCGUGCUCCUCCUCCUCCUCCUCCUCCUCCGCGGAGUCGAGCAAGGCGGCCAACUUCAAGCCGUACGAGUCGUGUUUGUCGAGCGGCGUGGAAAAAGCGUCGAGCCCGGACGAGCAGCAGCGGUCCUCCUCCGCUCACUCGAUAUCCGGCCGCUCGAGGACACCCGGGAGCACGAACAAGCGAUGCUCGAGCAACCAGAGCGGGUGCUCCGUACGGGCGAUCACCCCUCACCAGCAGGGGAGGAAAACGGCGACUCCGAACGGUGACGGGGCACGGGAAUCGCCCGCCUCGAGGAACCAACUCGUCGUCGACUCGUGCUCCUCCUCCUCCUCCUCGUCGUCCACGUGCUCUUCCUCCGGCUCCUCGCAACCGGCGGUGGUCGGCAGUCCGUCGUUGCAGGCGUCGUCGAAGCCAUCGUCGUACAGCCCUGCGGGCGUCCUCGCGAUCGCCGACCCGUCCAUCAAGGACCUUCCGUUGGGGACGUUCAAGCCGGGCGUCAGCCUGUCCUGCUCCUCCGCCUACCUGGCCUUCAACCCUCAACUGCCGAUCGACGCGACGGCCAGCUCCCUGAUAUCGCACCAACACGCCGCGCUGAAGAACGGCCUGGUGGGGAACCCGUACCUGAGCUACGCCAGGUUGAAGAGCUCGGGAUCGGGGGCCGACACGGCGGGGCUGAUGCCCGUUUGCAGGGAUCCGUAUUGCACCGGCUGCCAGUUGAACUCUCAUUUGCUCGCGAGCUCGGCGAGUUUGGCCGGCGGCGGGAAAUUGGGGUCGGCCGCCUCUUCCUGCCCCGGUGGAUGCGCGCAGUGCGACCACAAAGGGAACGGUGUCGGCGGCGGCGGCGGCGGCGGCGGUGGCGGCGGCGGUGGUGGUGGUGGUGGUGGUGGUGGUGGGGGCGGUGGUGGUGGAAGUGGUGGCAGUGGUGCGACGACGGCGGGUUACGGAGCGUUGGGUGUCGCGGCGUACGCUCACGCGCAACUCGCCGCUUUGGCGGCCGUCUCUCAGCUCCCUUACGUGUGCAACUGGAUAGCCGGGGACGCGGCGUAUUGCGGGAAAAGGUUCUCCACGUCGGACGAGCUGCUGCAACACUUGAGGAGUCACACGAGCGUGACGGGCGGCGCGGCCGCCGAUCCUUCGGGGGCGGCCCUCUCCCUGCUGUCGCCCCCCGUCGGCCUGCCCGCCGCGCACCCCCUGUUCGCCAGGACUUACCCAACGCCCCCUCUGAGCCCGCUCGCGACCGCCCGCUACCACCCGUACGGGAAGCCGUCGCCGCUCUUGGCCCCGUCCCUGUCGUCCUUGGCUCUGCCCCUGCCCCCGCCGCACCCCCACACGGCCCCGGCCUUGCCACCCUACUUCUCCCCGUACUCCUUGUACGCCGCCCCGCCGAGGCUCGGCGCCGCUUCCGGUCUGCCUCAAUGAGUUCACGGCCGAGCCAGCGGCUAUCGAUCGUCUCGUCGACUGUGAUCCACGCGCGGAUAUUUCACUUCUCCACCUCGCUCCCCCUCGCUCUUCCUGCACCUCACCUCGUCUUCAUUUUCUUUAUCUCUCCCCGCUCGUUUAACCAGCUUCUUCCUCGUCGGGUACGCCACGUAAUUUCGCGUGGAAACGCGGAUCGGAAAGUUGGUGAACGGAUUAUUCCACCGAUUGCGAAUGCGUGGACGCGCGCUUUUAACUGUGAUUCCGUGCGCGAGAAUAAUAGGGGAGCGACGAAGGCGGAUCCGAAAAUAACGCGCGCCCGAAACGAACAGCGGCCGCGUAACGGCCGCUGCGUGAUUAUUAAGUCUCGUCGACUUAUCCCCCCGCACUAAGGGGAGGCAGGAGGAGGGAGUGGGGAUUUUACCACCUUCUCUCUCUCGGUCGCUCGCAUAUCUCCGACAUCACGUUCGCUCGUGAUCCUACGUUUCUUGUUUACAUCGACCGAUAUAUAUCAUUUUCCUGUUCCCCCUCCGCGUUGAGCGUUGUCGACGAAGGUGAUCGAAAAACUCGUUUCCCCGCGCACGAAACGAGACGAAAGACACGUUUAAGGUUAAUUUCGAGUAAGAAAGGAAGGAAGGAAGAGAGAGAAAAAAAUAAAAACCAAUGUUCAACUGUGAUUUUCGAGUGAGAAAGCACGUGCAUGAGUGAGAUAUACCGCGCUUCCGCUACAGUUACAGCGUGAUCCUAGAAUUUAUCCGUAUACAGCGACGCCGAUCGUUCCAUUCGACGGACUGAUUAUUUUUAAUAUCGAACAUCUGCCCCUCCUCUCCGAGUAUUUCUUUCCAACAUCACGAUUAUAUUCACCACCCGAUUCGGACGAUUUGGAACGUGAAACGUGGAAACGUUCGAGAUACCGAGAAAUAGUACAAAGUGUAAAGAUAAAUAUCCGCACGAUCCGUGUAAGGUAACGAAAUUCCGAUCGUAAAUUCGCAACCGACGUUCUUUUCCGGCGUCGUUUCGCGUUCCAAGCCCGAAAAGCGAAGAUAACGCGUGUAUGGAUGGAGAAACGGACAGGCGCCGUAAAUUCUGGUCGAUCGCGGUCUACCAGUCGUACCAAUCGUUCGUAUCGCGGAACGCUCGAGUCUAUGUGUUUAGUAUUUACGGAUCAAUAUAACAAUAUUCAUCGCUAAACCUUUAUUGUAACUAUUGUACAUUUGUUCAUAGACACGUUCAUAGAGGAUGAAAUUUAAUAAUGAUGAAAAAAAAAAAGAAGAAAAAAAAAAGAAAGGAGGAAAGGGACGCGUGAAUAAACGAACGGACGGGUGAAGUUUCGAAGCUUGGAUGCGCGCGAAUCGAAUGAAACGGGAUCCUUGAUUGAUCGACUAGUUGGGAUACAUCGCGUCUAUAUAUUUUUAACCAAAGUUUUAGCGAUCGAUCGAUGAUUAAGUAGCGAAUAAUAAACGUGUAUAACGUGUAUCGAUAUGUAUAUCAUCGAAGAGAUAAACGAAUCGCUCGAGAUAUUUAGUUGUAAAUAGAUUUAUUUUCUUCUACGUCCUUGUACGCGUAUAUACACGUAUAUACAUAUAUGGAUAUUUGUGUACGCGCGUAUGUAUAUGUGUAUAUACGUUUGUGUAUAUGGUAAUUGCCACUGUAUCGCGAUUAUUAUUAUUAUUAUUAUUAUUAUUAUUAUCAUCGUCAUUAUCACUAUCAUUGUUCUCUACGAUAAAGGAAAAGUUCAAAUUUAUGUUUCCGAAGGAAAUCACGUGUAACGUACGACGAAUUCGUUUAAUUCAAUAAUUGAUUUGUACUUGGAAUCGAUAUUUUUCUAUUCAUUUUUCUCGAAACCCUAAACGUUCACUUGUUGAUUUUAUCAUUGUUGUUCCGAUAAGUUACGCAAUCCUGUUCGGUAUCCUAUUGAAACGAAAUAUAUCGCAACUUAUUUCUCAAAUAA